AUGGACACCAUCACCCAGCUAGAAGGCUGGACCACCGAGAUUGCCGCAGCCGGCCAGCAGCUGGCCUCCUACUGCCGUCAGAACGGGGUGGAUGGCGGACAGCCGCCACAGCUCGUCGUGCCGGCGGACGCCCCGCGGGCGAUCCAGCAGACCCGACGCCUGCUGCUCCGCAACCUGGACCAUCUGCGCACGCUCCUCAGCGAGCCGAGCGACCUGGUGGCACGCCUGGCGGGGGCCACGCAGCAGCUGGCCUGCCUGCACUGGCUCGGGGAGUUCCAGGUGCUGGCGUGUCUGCCGCGGACGGGCAGCGUCCCCAUCGCGGACCUCGCGCGGUUGGCGAACGUCCCCGAGGCCCAGCUGGCCCGCAUCAUCCGCUUCACCAGCAGCAGCGCCGGAUUCCUCCAGGAGACUCCCCCCGGCCACGUCGCCCACAGCCCGUUGUCGCGCGCGGUGGGCCAUCGCGCCUCGCUGCGCGACGCACUGGGGUUCCUGGCCGCGACGGCCGCGCCCGGCGCCCUACACAUGUCGUCGUCCGCGACCCCGGACGACCCCGGCGUCGAGGCGCGCCCCUCCCCCUCCUUCUCCUUCUACGCCGCCUGCGACCAGCAGCCCAAGCUGCACCGUCGCUGGUCGGCCUAUCUGCAGCACACGGGGGCGGACCCCAGCGACCUCGCUCGCCAGGUGCUCGCCCGCGUGGACUGGUUCAAUCUCAACAAAACUUGCGUCGUGGAGAUCGUAGGGCCGCAGUGCUCCACCCCGACGGCCGUGACGCUCGCCCAGCUGCACCCGGAGCUCCACUUUAUCGUCCAGGUCGUGCAGAUCCCGACCUCCCAUCACCACCACCACCCUGGCAGCGAGGAGAAGAUCCGCGUGCCCCCGCGCAUGGAGAUGCAACUGCAGCGACGCGAACUGGGCACGCCGCAACGCCUCGUCCGCGACACCACCCUCUACGUCCUGAACCUACAUCCGCUGCCGCCCGCGGUCUUCGCCGGCGCCGUGCGGGCCGAGUUGCACGCCCACUUGCGGGUCCUGGCCACCAACCGGCGGGCGACGCUGAUCGUCGUCGCGGGGCUGCUGCUGCCCGACCCCGGCGGCCCCGCGGUCGAUGCCACCGUCGCCGCCACAGUGCGGCUGCACGACCUCACCCUCCUCCAGCUCGCCCACCAAGGGCUGCUGGGCGAGGCGGAGUUGGUGGCCCUGGUGCACAGCGUGGGGGACAGCGCGGGCGGGCGGUUGGUCGUGAUGCAUCGCCUGCCCCUGCCGCAAGCGGCCACCGUGGCAUUGGGGGUGAAAUAUCAAGAGCCGGGCGGUCUCGGUUAG